AUGGUCAGCAUUCAAGUAGGCGAAGGCUCUAAAGCCACAGUAUUCAACGUACUUAAAGGCGUUUUAUGUCGCAAAGUCUCCUUUUUCAACACCAUGUUCAACCACGGAUGGCUUGAAGCUAGCACAAAGCCAUGUACCCUACCUGAUGACGAUCCCGAAGCUUUCUCAAUUCUCAUGCAUUGGGUAUUCGACGUCCCUCACGAGGCACCAAUAACCUUCACCGUCAAGGGACUCCAGACUCGCUCAAAAACUCUCAUGAAUCUUGCAACCCUAGCCGACAAAUAUCUCAUCGAUGAUCUACCUGAUCUUAUCGAGACAAGAUUGAUCCAGAAGGAUCUGACCAGACUUAACGAUUCAUGCUAUGAACUCCCAAAAGCAUCAUGGUACAGAUUAGCAUGGGAGCUUAUACCUCGAUCCUCCAUACUUCGAGAGUGUGUUGGUUCCCAAAAUACACCUAAACACAAAUUCGCACAUCUCAACGGUAUGCUAGUGGAACCGGAGACUCUCCGAGUGACGAGACAGAUUCUCAGAGAAUGGAAAGAGACUUCUUCACGCCGGUUAGACAUUGGUGCGGAUAUGCAAGGAUUCCGUACCUUUCGAGAGCUUAGAGAUGUAGUAUUGUCUGGCCGCGUAAAUUUUUUGUAUACGUACUACUCUUCGAGGUUUUGGCACACGAAUCAUUUUGACGACUUUGUUUUCUGUUCGACAAUCAUGUUGGAUGAGAAAUUCCUACAAUAUUGUUGGCGUUCCAAACACAGCAUGUCGCAAAGCGAUUAUUUGCUCAGUAUAGCUAAUCUACCAAUGCAUGUUCAUCGAUGA